UUCUGAUUAGACGGGAUGGUCACGUGCGUCACCAACUACAUAUGUAAGUUUUGUUGUCAAAGUCGGCAGUUCCCGCCACAGCAUGGUCGGUCUCUGUGUUCUGGUCGUUCUCGUCACCCUCGCCUACGAGGCAGUUGGAAACGUCAUUGUGUACCCACAUGCCAAGGGUCCGGCGGCUUCCAACAAAUUCAAGGUGUAUGUGAGUCAAGGCGGAAGGAAACAUGAGAGUUUCACGUACAUCAGCACAUCCGACCAACGUUCCCACGAAGCAUCCCAUGUCCACCCAGGACGGUCGAUGUCCUUCACGUCAUUUGCCUUCACUGGUGGUUCUGUGACGGUGGAAGUUCACACCCAGCGCAACUUCCACAACUGCAUCGUCAGACCCAAGAGCUACAACUACCACUGCCGCAGAACGGGAACCAAGGUUGCCCAAUUCACCGUGUCAAACACCAAAAAGUGGAUGUCCGUAGAAUUUGACUACGACUACGGCAGCAGUAACGGAGGCCCCGACAUAACUGACAGACUACUUGUGUUCGCAGAUCCACCCGAGACACACAAACCAAACAAGAACGACAACUCUGUUCUGUAUUAUGACGUAGGGCUUCACAACCUGAACGGUCAGAAACAACUGGAUUCACACGUAAAAGAAGUAUACUUAGCACCAGGAGCAUAUGUUCAGGGUGGAUUCAAGACCACUGGGAACCAGCCAGUGAAAAUCUAUGGCAGAGGAAUAGUCUCUACUUCUAUAUACAAGUGGCACGAUUCAAGGUUUGAAUGGUCAAUAAUCAACAUGGACAAGGGACAUUCUCACGUAGUUGAGGGGAUCAUUAUGGUGGAUCCUGAGGAAUACUUCUACCGUGGACUGAGCGAUCACAAUACGGUGCGUUAUGUGAAGAUGGUUGGAUCGUGGGCCUUCAACUCCGAUGGUGUUGGUAUUGGACAUGAUGGACUGGUGGAGGACUGCUUCAUCUCUGCAAACGAUGAUGCACUGAAGGUAUACACGGACAAUAUGGUGGCGCAGAGGGUGGUCAUCUGGCAGAUGCAGAACGGAGCUGUCUUCCAGAACGGCUGGUGGAGCGGCAGAGACAUGAAGAAGGUCAGAAUCAGCGACAUCGACGUCAUUCACACCGACUGGUGCACUUUCAAAGGUUCCAACUGCCAGAUCAGCGACAACGAUGCAGCUUUUUGA